CGUAGCCGUGUAGGCAUCGUUCCGAGUCUUGGUGCUGUCCAGACUCUGCCCGCAGGACUUCAGAGCCGCUCGAGCUGUCGCGGACUCCACAUUCCACCAGCAAAAGCUCUUCGUGACGUGCCUGUUGGAAGCAUCUGUUGCUCGGCUGGUGCCCCGAGGCGAACCCUCAUACCACCACAUACACACUCUCCCACCCACCCACACGUCCAACACACAUUGCCACACAUUCACACCGUUCGAGUCACCUUAACCACCCGCAAACAUGUCUGACGACGAGGAGCAAUACUCCAGCGAGGAGGAGGUGGUCGAGGAAACGGGUAGGGCGUCCCAAAAGGACUCUGGGGAGAAUCCCGAGUUUAUGAAGAGGCAGGAACAGAAGAGAAGCGACCUAGACGAACAGCUCAAGGAAUACAUUGCAGAAUGGCGAAAGCAGAGGGCCAAGGAGGAGGAGGAGCUGAAGAGAUUGAAGGAGAAGCAAGCCAAGCGCAAGAUCACCCGCGCGGACGAGGAGAAGAGAUUGGCUCAGAAAAAGAAGGAGGAGGAAGAACGUCGUCAACGUGAAAUUGAGGAGAAGAAACAACGUGAUAUCGAGGAAAAGAGAAAGCGUCUCGAAGAAUCGGAAAAGAAGCGUCAAGCUAUGAUGCAAGCGAUGAAAGAUCAGAGUAAGAAGGGACCCAACUUCACCAUCACUAGAAAAGAUCUUGCAGGUAACCUAACGUCGGCGCAACUGGAACGCAACAAGACGAAAGAACAGCUCGAAGAGGAGAAGAAAAUCUCGCUGAGCAUCCGCAUCAAACCUUUGGAAAUGGACAAUCUGUCCAUCGAGAAGCUCCGGUCUAAGGCCAACGAUCUUUGGGAUACCAUCGUUAAGCUGGAAACCGAGAAAUACGAUCUUGAGGAGCGACAGAAACGCCAGGAUUAUGAUCUUAAAGAAUUAAAGGAACGUCAGAAGCAGCAGUUGAGGCACAAAGCCUUGAAGAAAGGUCUCGAUCCCGAAGCCCUCACCGGCAAGUACCCUCCCAAGAUCCAAGUCGCCUCCAAAUACGAACGUCGCGUGGAUACCAGGUCCUACGACGAUAAAAAGAAGCUCUUCGAGGGUGGCUAUGACACGCUUUUAGCGGAGUACAACGAGAAACUGUGGAAACAGAAAACAGAACAGUUCAUGAAGCGCAACAAAACGAAGUUGCCGAAAUGGUUCGGCGAGAGGCCAGGCAAGAAGCCAGGAGACCCCGAAUCACCGGAAGGCGAAGAAGACGUGAAGGCUGCGGCUGAGGACGAAGAGCUGGAGGAGCCACAAUUCGAGGAAGAAGAAGAAGAGGAAGAGGAGGAGGAGGAAGAGGAAGAGGGCGGCGAAGGAAAGGAGGGUGAGGGCGAGGGUGAAGAAGAAGAGGAGGAGGAGGAGGAAGAAGAGGAGGAGGAAGAGGAAGAGGAAGAGGAGGAGGAGGAAGAGGAGGAAUAAAAGCCUCUUUUGAAAAAUCAGCACCUAAUCGCAGAUUCAAUCGAUCAAUCAUCAUCAGACAAUCUCGAAACAUCCUUCGAACCAUCGAAUAUAGUCGUGGCGGCAGUAGAGACGACAAUGGCGCGCCGUUGUCCCAGAAUCUCGUCGUUAUAGGUGGCUUUUCGUUUUCGAGUCUUGCGCGAAAUCGGAACAGUUCCGAGAGGACGAUACGAAAUGUCGACUGCACACUGUAUCGCUCUACGAAGAACCUAACUUAUAACGGCGACGAUUCCGGCAAUAUAAAACAGUCUGUUACCACUUCUCAGCUGUUCUACUACUACUACUACUACUUCUACUACUAUUAUUCUACUACUUCUAUUGCUACUAUAAUUAUUAUUAUUAUUAUUAUUAUUAUUAUUAUAUUGUACAAAAUACACGCACACACAUUAUUAAAAUAAAACGGUUUAUCGUAUAAAA